AUGCCUCCUCCCGAGGCCCUGCAACAGCCGUUCCACACGCUGUCGGUGCGCGACACCGCUGCCGCGCUGUCCACCGACACGAGUCGCGGGCUUAACAGCCCGCAGAUCGCCGCGGCGCGCGCCAUGCACGGCGAAAACUCGCUGGGCGACGACUCCAAAGUCGACUUCAAAGCCAUCCUGCUGCAUCAGAUCUGCAACGCCAUGAUCAUGGUGCUGUUCAUCUCCAUGGUCAUCACGCUCGCCAUUCGUGACUGGAUCUCCGGUGGUGUUAUUGCAUUCGUGGUGUUCAUCAACGUCGCCAUCGGCUCCUACCAGGAGUACAAGGCCUCCAAGACCAUGAGCUCGCUCAAGAGUCUCAGCACACCCUCUGCGCACGUCAUUCGUGACGGCAGCGACGUGGUUAUUCCCAGCAAAGACCUCGUGCCCGGCGAUCUGUGCGUCGUCAAAGCCGGCGACACCGUCCCGGCCGAUUUGCGUCUGAUAGAAGGCAUCAACUUCGAAACCGACGAAGCUUUGCUCACCGGUGAAUCGCUGCCCAUCGCCAAAGACGCCGUUCAAAUCUACUCGGCAACCGACGAUACCCCAGUCGGUGAUCGCUUGAACUUGGCCUAUGCCAGCUCAACCGUCUCCAAAGGUAGAGCCACCGGUAUUGUCAUUUCAACGGGACUCAAUUCCGAGGUUGGAAAAAUCGCCAAAAGUUUACAAGGCGACAACUCGCUUAUCUCCAACGACAAAUCCAAAUCGUUCUCGCAAAAUGCUUAUAUCACUUUCAAGACUGCCGUCGGUGCCUUUUUGGGUACCAGCGUCGGUACGCCGUUGCACCGCAAACUUUCUAAAUUGGCAGUGCUUCUAUUCUUCGUUGCCGUUGUCUUUGCCCUCGUCGUUAUGGCCACUCAAAAGUAUAACGUCAACAAGGAAGUGGCCAUCUACGCCAUUUGCGUUGCCAUCUCCAUGAUUCCUUCUUCUUUGGUUGUGGUUUUGACCAUCACCAUGUCAGUUGGUUCUAAAAUUAUGGCCACCAAAAAUGUCGUGGUUCGUAAACUCGACUCCCUAGAGGCGCUUGGUGCCGUUAACGACGUUUGCUCCGACAAGACUGGUACUUUAACUCAAGGACGCAUGAUUCUCAAACAAGCCUGGAUCCCUUCCUUCGGUACCGUUACCGUUUCAAAUUCUAACGAACCAUUUAAUCCUACCGUUGGUACCACCGAAUUGAUCCCUAGAUUCUCCCCACACGACUACAAGCACGAUGAAAAUGAAGACGUUGGUAUUAUUCAAGGCUUCAAAGACGCCUACUACAAAAACUCCUUGCCUACUGAACUUAACCCAGAAUUGUUUACCAACUGGUUGAAAACUGCCACCCUUGCCAAUAUUGCUCAAGUUUAUCAAGAUCCUGAGACUCAAGAUUGGAAAGCCCACGGUGACCCUACUGAGAUUGCCAUACAGGUGUUUGCUCACAGAAUGGAUCUUCCCAGAUCAGUGCUCACACUUGAAGGCCAAAAUGAAAGCGAGGAUGAGAAAGUUCAAUCUUCCUCUUCAAUUCCAAACUAUAAGCAUCUUGCUGAAUUCCCAUUUGAUUCCUCUGUCAAGAGGAUGUCUGCUGUUUACCAAAAUACAAAAGAAAACAAUAAGCAUUGUGUUUACACCAAAGGUGCUUUUGAACGUGUUUUAAGCUGCUGCACUCAUUGGUUACCUGCUAGCGAUUCGGACGAAUCCAAUGCCAAACCUAUGACUGAAGAAGACAAAAAAUGGGUUUUUGAAAAUGUUGAAGUCAUGUCGUCAGAGGGACUUAGAGUGCUUGCAUUUGCCACUAAGAGCUUCACCGAGCAAGAGGCACAAAAACUAGGUGAUAAAUUGAUUAAAAGCCGUGAUUUUGUCGAAAACGAUUUGAUCUUCCAAGGCUUGGUUGGUAUUUACGAUCCUCCUCGUCAAGAAACUGCCGCCGCUGUGAAACAAUUCCACAAAGCCGGCAUCAACAUUCAUAUGUUGACUGGUGAUUUCCCUGGUACCGCCAAAGCUAUUGCUCAAGAAGUUGGAAUUCUUCCUCGCAACUUGUAUCACUACCCUGAAGAGGUUGUCCAAUCAAUGGUCAUGACUGCGACUCAAUUCGACAAAUUAAGUGAAGAAGAAAUCGAUGAAUUACCAUUGUUGCCCUUAGUAAUUGCUCGUUGCAGCCCAGCAACGAAAGUUAAAAUGAUCGAAGCAUUGCACCGUAGAGAGAAGUUCUGUGCCAUGACCGGAGACGGUGUCAACGAUUCACCAAGUUUGAAAAUUGCCAAUGUUGGUAUUGCGAUGGGAAUCAAUGGUUCUGAUGUAGCCAAAGACGCUUCCGAUAUUGUUCUGAGCGAUGAUAAUUUUGCUUCGAUCUUGAAUGCCGUGGAAGAGGGCCGCAGAAUGACUGAUAACAUUCAAAAGUUCGUACUACAAUUGUUGGCAGAAAACGUGGCCCAAGCUCUCUAUCUGAUGAUUGGUCUUGCAUUCUUAGAUCAGGAUCACCUUUCAGUUUUCCCACUAUCUCCAGUUGAAGUCUUGUGGAUCAUCGUGGUAACCUCUUGUUUCCCAGCCAUGGGUUUAGGUUUGGAGAAGUCUGCAGCAGAUAUAAUGGAAAAGCCUCCCAAAGAUUCCAAAGCCGGCAUUUUCACUUGGGAAAUUAUUUCUGAUAUGUUUGUGUAUGGUAUUUGGAUGGCAGGCUGUUGCUUAGGUGCUUUCGUUACAGUUGUCUAUGGAAAGGGCAAUGGACAAUUGGGUUACAAUUGUAACAACGAAUAUACUGAUAGUUGCCAUUUCGUUUUUCGUGGCAGAGCUGCGGCCUUUGCGACCAUGACCUGGUGCGCGUUAAUCUUGGCCUGGGAAGUAAUCGAUUUGAGAAGAUCCUUUUUCAAAAUGCAACCUGAAACUGAUACGCCAUACACCCAAUGGUUAAGAGACAUUUGGUCUAACCAAUUCCUGUUUUGGUCUGUCGUUGGAGGAUUUGUAUCAGUGUUCCCCGUUGUUUAUAUUCCCGUGAUUAACCAUGAUGUAUUCAAGCAUGCGGGCAUUGGUUACGAGUGGGGAUUGGCUGUUGCAUUCACAGUGAUCUUCUGGGCAGGUGCCGAGUUGUACAAAUUUUUCAAGAGAUCAUACUACAAGAAUCAAGAUCGUGCUGAUAAUCCAGAGAAAGAUUUGGAGAGCAAGCGGGUUCAUGAUCCAUUUGAGAAGUAUAAUACAUCAUAUUCCGGUUCAUUUUCAGGUUCUACCGCUUUGCAGGUCACUAUCGUAGACCAGAAAUAG